GGCAGAAACCUCCGUCUCCGUCGUCCGAAGCGAGGCGGUUUCUGAUCUAUUUUUUUCUCUGCCUCUCCACGAUCCAGGAGCCGAGCCGAUGAUGCUAGGCUCGCCCACCUCCCCGAAGCCGGGAGCAAGCGCCCAGUUUUUACCUGGGUUUUUAAUGGGGGAUCUGCCAGCCCCGACCACCCCGCAACCGCGCUCUUUCAGCGUUCCCUCGGUAGGCGUCAUGGAAAUGAGGUCUCCUCUGCUUGCCGGCGGAUCCCCGCCCCAGCCCGUCAUGCCGGCCCCCAAGGACAAAAGCGGUGCCCCGCCGGUGAGGAGCAUCUACGACGAGCUGUCGGGCCCCGGCCUCCGAUCCACGCCUCUGACUUCUUCCAGGAGACAAGGGCCCGGCGUUUCGGUCGCGCAGAGUCCUGUGAGCGGGCCCAUCCCCGCGGCGUCAGGGUCGGGCGCGGGGGUGUUCAGCCCCGCCGGCGUCGGGCAGCCCCGGAAGACGACGCUGUCCCCGGCCCAGCUGGACCCCUUCUUCACCCAGGGCGACGCGCUGACUUCCGAAGACCACCUGGAUGACACUUGGGUAACCGUGUUCGGGUUCCCUCAGGCAUCCGCUUCCUACAUCCUCCUCCAGUUCGCCCAGUACGGAAACAUCCUCAAGCACGUGAUGUCCAACACGGGGAAUUGGAUGCACAUCCAUUACCAGUCCAAGCUGCAGGCCCGGAAGGCCCUAAGCAAGGAUGGGCGGAUUUUUGGCGAGUCCAUCAUGAUCGGAGUGAAGCCUUGUAUCGACAAAAGCGUGAUGGAGAGCUCCGACAGAAGCGCCGCGUCCCCCCCGCCCUCAAAUUUCACCCCACCGAUCAAAACCUUGGGAACCCCCUUGCAACCGACCAGCGCGCCCAGAAUCUCCACCAUGAGGCCCCUCGCCACUGCGUACAAAACCUCUGCCAGCGACUACCAGGUGGUUUCAGACAGACAGACCCCGCGGAAGGAUGAAAGUCUCAUCUCUAAAGCGAUGGAGUACGUGUUCGGCUGGUAGCGUCGAGUCGAGAAAACGGGAAUCGGCGGAAAGAGACGGGCGUUGCCGCCAGGACGCGGUCCCGCCCGGAAUAUCCCCCCCGCUUCCCUUGGUUAGUUGUAUAACCGUUCUGGGCGGCGUUCGGACUCGACAUCCCCAUCGAUGCCUUUUUAAAGCACAAACGCUUUAAACGACGGACCGUACCAGGUUUGGAAGAAACCGCAGAAAUCUUAAGUAAGAACGGUUCCGGUGCGUUCUGCGCUCCGGUGGCGCGUGCUCUCUAAGCACGAAAGACGCGUCCCAGACUUCCGCGCCUCCUGAAACGGAGUUUCUAGCGAGACGUCCGAACGGCUUCUGUCUGUGCAGAAUGAAAACCGUCCGUCCUGAAUGUCGCCAAAUUAAGAGGCGUCACUCCGAGACUCGGUAUCCCGCCUCUCUCGGCGCGAAUUCUCAUUCCCGCGAGAGGGGGAACGGCUCUUUUUCAAAACGUUUUAUUCAGAUUUCCCAAUAAACUUUCGAAGGUGG